UUUCUAUGGGCGGUAUUUUAAAUAAUAAGCGUGAAGACCGUGUGUCAGUGCCUAUGUGUUGAUUGACGAGAACGAGUGGGGGAUCAAACAACCUAGCUUAUCGUAGGUUAAAUGCUGAACUGCAGUGUUUUCUGCUUCAUUUCCGGGAGGAUUAUAUUUAAGCGAAUUUUAAAUAAUAUCAGAUACUGAAACUGAAUCGUAUUUCACAAUGGGUGCAGUGAUGGGUACAUUCUCUUCUUUGCAGACUAAACAAAGAAGACCCUCCAAAGGUCAACUCUAUGUUAUGGACUACGCCCCUCGCCAAAAUAAGUCAGAUAAAAUAGAAGAUGAAAUGGAAAUGACAACAGUUUGUUGUAGACCGGAAGGCCUGGAACAACUGGAAACACAAACAAACUUCACAAAAAGAGAGCUGCAAGUUCUUUACAGAGGAUUCAAAAAUGAAUGUCCAAGUGGAGUGGUUAAUGAAGAUACCUUUAAGCAGAUCUAUUCACAAUUCUUUCCUCACGGAGAUGCUAGCAUGUAUGCACAUUAUCUCUUCAAUGCAUUUGAUGCUGCACAAUCUGGAUCAGUGAAAUUUGAGGAUUUUGUGACCGCUUUAUCAGUUCUCUUACGAGGGACGAUUCAUGAAAAGCUGAGAUGGACCUUUAAUCUCUAUGACAUAAACAAAGAUGGACAUAUAAAUAAGGAGGAGAUGAUGGAUAUUGUCAAAGCCAUAUAUGAUAUGAUGGGAAAGUACACCUACCCAGUUCUCAAAGACGAUGCUCCCAAGCAGCAUGUGGAAUUAUUUUUUCAGAAAAUGGACAAAAACAAAGAUGGAGUUGUUACUAUAGAUGAAUUCAUUGAAUCAUGUCAAGAGGAUGACAAUAUUAUGAGGUCUUUACAGCUCUUUGAGAAUGUUAUUUAAAAUCAGAAGACAACAAUAUUGCUGAUGAAAAAAAAUAUAAAACAUGGGUCACCAUAUGAAAUAAUACAUAUACAUGAAUUUACUGUUUUCCUACAAGAGGAACGUUGCAAAUCUUAGGAGAACCAUGCCAGAGAGAUUCUAUAGUACUCAUGACACUUGACCACAAAACUGUUUAAUUAAAAAGCAAAAAAAACAAAAACAAAGCUUGUAUGGUAUAUUCAGCUGAUUUUAUACAUUUUUGGAUGCAUAUUACAUUUAACAUUAACAAAAAAAACAAAUAUUGUGCACUAUUCAUUAAAAACUUUAACUGAUUUUGUAUACACUUGUUAAUUAUAAAGAAAUUUGCUUUAUAUUCUGAUGCAUCUGGUGACAUAACAUAAAACAGUAUUCGCUUUGCUUUUCACAUCAAAAUUUUCAUUGUAUCAAAAUUGUAUGCAAUGAUGUAUCUGUUAUAUUUAAGUAAAUCUCUGUUCAUGAGCUGUUUU